CUCGCGUCGUCCGCAUUUUCACUCAAAUCUGGAAUUCGAGGAGCGCCGAGCUUACGAACACGCGAUCCCGUGUCGUAACCUAAAAAUCAGACGACAUUUAUUUUCCCGUCUGGAAAACGUACGAUUUUCACGGAAACAUGACUGGCUUCAUAAAUAUUAACUCUUUUCAUUAUUAACUGAAAAAAAUAUUUUUGCUAAAUCAGCAACUUUUCGCGCAGACAACACGCAUUAAUAAAAAUCUAAAACUGUGAUUGAUAAAAAAUUGUGAAACAGUGAUUUUUCAUUGGUUGUGGUGCCAGAAAAAUGUGGCGGGAAAUGUUCUACACAUGGGUUGCUUCUCUUACGUUAUUUAACUCAGGAAAUUUUGUCUACGGAGGAAUGUCGAGGUCCUCUGGAGGUUUCAACUCCCUGCAGCCAGAAAGCGAGACAGAACAACCACCACCGGUUCAGCUAGGGCCCAGUCACACUCAGCAAAACCGUUUUGAGCCCUAUUUUGACACUAUGACACCAAAGAACGUUACGGCCCUGGUAGGAAAAUCGGCUUAUCUCAGCUGCAGAGUGCGCAAUCUUGGUAAUAAAACGGUUUCAUGGAUCAGACACCGAGAUAUCCAUAUUCUAACUGUGGGAAGUUAUACAUACACCAGCGACCAAAGAUUCCAAGCCAACCAUCAUCCAGAAACGGACGAGUGGACUCUACAAAUAAAAUGGGCUCAAAAACGGGAUGCAGGGAUUUAUGAAUGCCAAAUAAGCACACAGCCUGUCAGAAGCUAUUUUGUCAACCUCAACGUCGUAGAGAAUGUGCCCCAAGACGAACCGGCUCAAGACGAGAGUUACAAAUGUAACUGUUCGUGCCCCCCGCAACCACCCCCAAGGCCCACGUUAAAAGAGGGUCAACCAGUCCCAGCUGCUCAGAUUCUCGGUGGUCCUGACCUGCACGUAGACAAAGGAAGCACCAUCAACCUAACAUGUUCCAUAAAAUUCAUGCCCGAACCACCAGCAUACAUUUUCUGGUAUCAUCAUGAUGACGUUAUAAGCUACGAUUCAAGUCGUGGAGGUGUUAGUGUGAUAACAGAAAAAGGCGAAGUGACCACUAGCUUUCUUUUGAUCCAGCACGCUGAUCUCUCUGAUUCUGGAAAGUAUUCAUGCAGCCCUUCAAACGCAGAUGUCGCCAGUGUCAGGGUACACGUCCUAAACGGUGAGAGGCCAGCCGCUAUGCAGACAGGAUCAGCUCGUCUAUCAAAAAGCUCACUAAACAUUGUAGCUCUCCUAAUUAUCUCUUACAUUUAUCAAAUGUGCACUUUCAAUCAAUGCCCUUUAGUGGGAGCUUCGAGGUAGCUAUUUUGCCUAAUCUUUAAUUUCAACUUGUAAAUAUUGUCGACAUAAAUUUACGAACCAUACAGGUUUUGUUACAGACAUAAGAAGCUUUAAGGUGUGUUAAGUUAUACACAUAUUUACCACAAAAGACAAUGAGGCUCUCCUCAAAAAACUGAAGUUAGAUUUGUACCAGGAGACGAACUGCCCUUGUUAGAACUGCCCUGUCAAAAAAAUAUAUUUUGCUUCUUACUCUAAACAGUAUACACAAAUAACUUUUUUGUAGCAAUACAUAGUUUAGAUAAAGUAAAUAAACAGGAGAUCUAACAAAGACUAGCUCUUAUCCUGUCUGACAUUAAAUAACGUUGAAGAAGAAUGACUUCAUUAUAACUGAAGAAGAAGAAUUAUUGUAUUGUAAAUACAAGUAUAAUUGGAAUACCUAUAUUAUAUUAACUAAAUAGAAAGAAAAUUUUAAAAAAUACAACUAAGAAAAUUUGUAGAACUAAAUCGAAUUAAAUAAUGAAUACGCCCUGUAAAAACCUUUUAAAGUUCUAGGGAAUUUUUUAAAGCCAUUAAUUUGUAAAAGUACGAUAUCUAUGAGCUAAGAAAAAAUUACUCACCUAAGUCAUGACUCAAAUUGAUGUAUAUAAAGAGGUUUUAUUUUUUACGUCAGAGACGAUUAAAUGUAAAAAGACAGGUAGUAAAUAAAUAGAAUUU